UGCUGAUGUUCUGCACUGUGCUUCUCGUUUUUGGUUUCGGUUUUGUCGUAGAGACACCGCGGGGCUGUGGGAGAUUUGAACCUUGUUUCCUUGUUCGUAGUUUUGCUCGCACUGGUGUUGUCUUGGAGUUGCACGAGGCAAAUUGUCGAGCACCUACUGAUCACUGAUCAGUGGUGAUCUCGACUGGCCCUACCUUUGAACUGGACGGUAUUCUUCGUCCAAACAUAUGCCUCUUGAGCGGGUGAUUCGAUUCCAGCCCCGUACUCCUUCUGUUCUUCUUGAUGCAAGGAUUUUGGAGUGGUUUUAAUUUCGUUUUGAGUUCAUCUCCCUUCUUCGUGACCUUCAAUUCCGUCUCCAAAACAUCUCCCGCAAACCCAUGUGCUUCUCGUUGUUUGUUUUGGUUCUGUCGUAGAUUGCUACAGACACCGCGGGGUUGUGGGAGAUUUGAACCUUGUUUCCUUGUUCGUAGUUUUGCUCGCACUGGUGUUGUCUUGGAGUUGGAGGAGGCAAAUUAUCGAGCACCUAUUGAUCAGUGGUGAUCUCGACUGGCCCUAUCUUUGAACUCGACGGUAGUCUUCGUCCAACCAUAUGCCUCUUGAGCGGGUGAUUCGAUUCGAGCCCCGUACUCCUUCUGUUGUUCUUGAUGCAAGGAUUUUGGAGUGGUUUAAUUUCGUUUUGACUUCAUCUCCUUUCUUCGGGACCUUCAAUUCCGUCUCCAAAACAUCUCCCGCAAACCCAUGUGCUUCUCGUUGUUGGUUUUGGUUUUGUCGUAGAUUGCUACAGACACAGCGGGGUUGUUCUCUUGUAGUACGAGUUAAUCGCUCUGCUCCAUCUCCCCCAAACCCCUGUUCCUCCUCCAAAACCCUGUGAGCUUCUCUUCCUUUGCGCGUCCCAGUUCUUCGAUCGCACACGUUAUCCUCAAUCUCUUGCUUCCACUUCUUCCGUUUAAACGUUAUCCCGUUUAAUGCUAAAGAUCGAUCAAUGCUUUCUGGAAAGCAAACUCCGCUAUGGCAGAUGACAAUCAGCCCAGACAGCCCGUGACAACAAAAACUACUCAGAGGGGAGAGAAUGACAGACUUGAGUAUGCUGUGUCAUCUAUGCAAGGUUACCGCAGAAACAUGGAAGAUGCUCAUGCAGCAUUUGAAGAUUUUGAUGUUCCCACUGCCACAUCCUUCUUUGGUGUUUAUGAUGGUCAUGGAGGACCUGAUGUAUCAAUGUAUUGUGCGAGACACUUACAUCUUGAGAUUCGCAAGCAUCCAGAGUUUACAAAUAAUCUGCCUACUGCAGUUGAUGGAGCGUUCUCCAGAAUGGAUCAGAUGAUGACCACAGACGAAGGGCGGAGGGAAUUAACUAGGUACUGGGACCGCAAAUUAACUCUCAAGGAUAUGCUCCUCCGUUGUGCUUGUUUCGAGGAUCACCCUGGGCCAAUAGAGGUAGGAAGUACCGCGUGUGUGGCUCUCAUUAGAGGCAAUCAGAUCAUAGUUGGGAAUGCUGGUGAUUGUCGUUGUGUACUCUCAAGGAAUCGUCAGGCAAUUGUUUUGACCACCGAUCACAAACCAAGUGUUCUGGCUGAACGACAGAGAAUAUUAAACGCAGGACACUUCGUAGAAGUUACUCAAGGUGUCAGUCGUGUUGAUAAUGAAAUCGCAGUUGCAAGAUCGAUCGGUGAUAUGAGGUACAAAAGCAAUAUAGCUUUGCCCCCUGCACUUCAAGCAUUGACUUGUGCUCCUGAAAUUCGCUCUGAAAACAUAACUGAUGAUGCUGAGUUUCUUGUUAUGGCAUGUGAUGGAGUCUGGGAUGUUGUGGACAACCAGGGCUUUAUUGAUUAUAUACAUUUGUUGUUGGCAGCUGUGCCUGCAAUGAACCUGGGGGAGGUUUGUGAGGCCCUUCUUGAUGAGUUUGUGGAGCGAUCGCGUGACAACAUGACUGUCCUACUGGUUCGGUUCAAGCACAACGCCCAAGCGCCCGAUGUGCCCGAGGACGAGCUUCCGGGUGUACAGCAAGAAGAUCAAAGCACUGAUGACGAGCUUCCGGGUGUACAGCAAGAAGAUCAAAGCACUGAUGACGAGCUUCCGGGUGUACAGCAAGAUCAAAGCACUGAUGACGAGCUUCCGGGUGUACAGCAAGAAGAUCAAAGCACUGAUGACGAGCUUCCGGGUGUACAGCAAGAAGAUCAAAACACUAAUGACGAGCUUCCGGGUGCACAGCAAGAAGAUCAAAGCACUGAUGACGAGUUGCAGAGCAAGAAGAUGAAAGCCCCCUUCGAAUUGGAACUCUCAGCCGGUGCCUCCUGUUCCCGAUAGUACAGAGUCCUGAAUCUGAGCCGCACGGUGACAGAGUUUUGGCAGUCCUUUUACCAGGAUAAUACGAACCUUGAUUUUGCUGCGUAGGAUGAUUUCAUACGAGUACUUCGCUGUAGUAAGGACGGAGAUUUGGGUUGAGAUACGCUUCAAUGCGCACAAUGGCGAGUACAUUGAGAACUUCUAUAUGCUGCUGCCUAUACAUGACCUCGUACUCAUGCCUGAUGUGAAUUUCGUUAUUGUUAUGCUAGGUCAGUGACUCACUCACUGCAUGCAUUCAGAAUAGAAUUAUCUCUUGUGUUUC